CUCUCCUACCUCGAGCUAGGGCGCAGAGCGCGUCGGAGCCGAGCCCAGUUGAUCAGGAUGAUCACAGACGUGCAGCUCGCCAUCUUCGCCAACAUGCUGGGCGUGUCGCUCUUCCUGCUUGUCGUUCUCUAUCACUACGUGGCCGUCAACAAUCCCAAGAAGCAGGAAUGAAAAGUGGCGCUUUCCUCAGCCCCAGGGUUCCAGGACAUAGUCUGAGGCAAGAUGGAGGGGUGUGAGGGGCCUUCACACUUCACUUCAUCCCUUCUACCCAUCACAACAUACAAA